AUGGCUUUCCAACAGAGCAAUAUGGAGGACAGUGAGACCGCCAACCAUCCUACGCCGCAUGCAUUAGGGCUUCCGCGCCCUCCGUCCGUUGGCGGGAUUUCGUCGCGAGUCACGGAUAUGUCGGACGAUGGUGAUGAGUCGCGAACGAAUACUAUGUCAUCACACGCUGUACCGCAAUCGCGACCCUCUGUUUCACGGCGUGGCCCACCGCCUGCGAGAAGUUCCAUUGCCUCGACCAGCCAAAUAACAAACCGACCCGAAAGUUCUGCGAGCAGGUUGAGCCGUACUCACAUCCCGUCAUUGGCUGCGUCAGGCUUCUUCCGUCCCAUGUCUUCGCAACGCCUACAAGCACAUCGUGGGCGUCCUGUGACAAACCAGACCACUAUCUCAACGGAGGACUGGGGUGAUCAACUCAACCAGAACAGGCGGAGUUUGAUAUCCAACAGCACCUUUCCUAACUCCCUUCCGGCUGUGGACCAGGAAGUUCCCCCGUCGCGUGGCACCGAGUUUACCGAUCCUAUUAUCCCAGACCGAAAUCAUUCGAACGCUAGUCCUACCGCAGAUACAACGGUCAGAAGCGAGAGCGCGAAUCUCAUAUACGACAGGGACAGGCCACCGCACCUCAAUCUAGGAGUGAACUACAAAGGCACCAACGAGCCCGAGCCGCCUCAGAGAUCGCCUCUUUCUUUCCUCUCGCUGCAUAAUAUAAAUGCAUCCCCAGAAAAUCGUGAUAGCCGGACGCAUGAACGGUUAUCGUCUGCCGACUCGUCUCCGCGGUCUAUUGAAAAGAAACCUGAGCCUGUGAAGAGUCGGGACAAGGGCCGGAACUACGAGUAUUUUGUCGGCAAUACAAUCUUUUGGGGGGGAGGCAGGUUCCAGAAUUCGAGGGACAAACCAGUCAACAUCGCAACAGCGUUCCUUGUGCUUGUGCCCACUGGCUUGUUCUUCGGUUAUUCGGGUCCUUGGCUAUGGCACAACAUUUCUCCAGCUAUACCAGUCGUCUUCGCCUAUAUCUUCUACCUAUGCUUCUCCUCAUUCAUACAUGCAUCCGUGGUUGAUCCAGGGGUUAUUCCUCGAAAUCUCCAUCAGAUGCCUCCUAUCGAUCCUGCUCAAGAUCCUCUCGCCAUAGGCCCCCCGACGAACGACUGGGUGAUGGUGAAGCUCGCAACUUCCGAUGUAGCCGCUAUGGACGUCCCUGUCAAGUAUUGCAAGACAUGCUCUAUCUGGCGUCCUCCACGAUGCUACCAUUGUCGCGUCUGCGAUAACUGCAUCGAGACCCUUGACCACCACUGUGUCUGGCUGAACAACUGUGUCGGCCGCCGAAAUUAUCGAUACUUCUUUACCUUCGUCAGCACAUCCACACUGCUCGCUCUCUUCUUACUCGGUGCAAGCCUGGCUCACAUCCUUGUGUACCGUUCGCGAGAAGGCAUCAGCUUUGGCGACGCCAUCGAUAAAUGGAGAGUGCCGUUCGCGAUGGUUAUUUACGGAGCCAUCGCAGCACCUUAUCCUGCCUCAUUGUGGGCAUAUCAUCUUUUCCUAGUCGGCCGCGGCGAAACCACCCGUGAGUAUCUAAAUUCGCACAAGUUCGCCAAAGCCGAUCGCCACCGUCCUUUUACACAAGGAAACGUUAUCAAGAAUUGGAUGGCAGUUUUCGGUCGAUCACGACCACCGACCUACAUGCAAUUCAAAGAAUACUACCAAGAAGGCGACCAGCGACUGAGUACGGUGAAGCGGAAAUUCCUCCCUCGCAAUACGGAGCCUCAUAACGACAUUGAGAUGCAGCAUGUGCCUCCUCCUGACUCGGGAUAA